ACGAGUUUUGUCCUCUCGCUCAUGCCGUAGUCGCGUCGGGUCGCUUUUCACCAUGGCUAACAGAUAAAACUUAGAAAAACAAGGAAAACCGACAUAUUUCGCCAUUCAGACUGCUCUUCGACUGAAUUUGAUUGGAUUUCGACCGUUUCCUGCUCCAGUUUACUGUUUCUGAAAACAGAUCAGUAUGCUGUCUGCUUGUGAGCCCUUCGUUGAUGACAUCGAGGACAUGGUGGCCAGUCAUGACCCGACCUCCUUUCAGCGGGAGUUCUCCAGGCAGAGCGUCGUUCCCCGGGUGCGGAGGCGAAAGGAGCAACCUCCUGCUGAGGAGCUGCAAGCGGACAGUGUGAUCCCAGGCACACAGAAGGUGUGGAUGAGGACAUGGGGCUGCUCGCACAACAGCUCAGACGGAGAGUACAUGGCUGGUCAGCUGGCUGCAAGCGGCUACAAAAUGACAGAUAAUCCAUCUGAUGCUGAUGUGUGGUUGCUGAACAGCUGUACAGUGAAGAAUCCAGCAGAAGAUCACUUCAGAAACUCCAUCAAGAAGGCACAGGAGCAAAAUAAGAAAGUAGUGGUAGCAGGUUGUGUUCCUCAGGCUCAGCCCAGAAUGGACUACCUCAAAGGCCUGAGCAUUAUUGGGGUUCAACAGAUCGAUCGAGUUGUGGAAGUGGUGGAUGAAGCAGUCAAAGGUCACUCCGUCCGUCUCCUGGGUCAGAAGAAAGAUAAUGGCAAGAGACUGGGGGGAGCUCGAUUGGAUUUGCCGAAGAUUAGGAAGAACCCGCUGAUAGAAAUCAUUUCCGUCAAUACAGGCUGUUUGAAUGCUUGCACAUACUGCAAAACCAAGCAUGCCAGAGGGGUCCUCGCCAGCUACCCCAUUGAGGAACUAGUGGAGAGAGCCAGACAGUCCCUCCAGGAGGGGGUUUGUGAGAUCUGGCUGACCAGUGAGGACACAGGUGCAUAUGGGAGAGACAUUGGGACAGACCUGCCAUCUCUGCUGUGGGAGCUGGUGAAGGAGAUUCCGGAGGGCUGCAUGCUGCGGCUGGGCAUGACCAACCCACCGUACAUCCUUGAGCACCUGGAGGAAAUGGCUAAGAUCCUCAACCAUCCACGAGUCUAUGCCUUCCUGCACGUUCCCGUUCAGUCAGCGUCUGACAGCGUCCUGAUGGAUAUGAAGAGAGAAUACUGCUGCGACGACUUCAAGCGUGUGGUGGACUUCUUAAAGAACAAGGUACCAGGCAUCACCAUUGCCACUGACAUUAUCUGUGGCUUCCCAGGAGAGACAGAUAAGGACUUCCAGGAAACGAUGGAGCUGGUGAGAAAGUACCGAUUUCCCAGCCUCUUCAUCAACCAGUUCUACCCACGACCUGGUACCCCAGCAGCCAAGAUGGAGCAGAUCCCAGCACAAGUGAAAAAACAAAGAACCAAAGAGCUGUCUGCACUGUUCCACUCGUAUAACCCUUAUGACCAUAAGGUUGGUGAAAGGCAGCAUGUGUUGGUCACUGAGGAGUCUUUUGAUGGGCAGUACUAUGUCGCUCACAACAAAUUCUAUGAACAGGUCCUGGUUCCCAAAAAUGCUAAGUUCAAAGGGAAGAUGAUUGAGGUGGACAUCUAUGAGGCUGGGAAGCAUUUCAUGCGUGGACGUCCAGUGGAGGAUGCCAGAGUCAUCACACCCUCCAUCUCCCAGCCACUGCUGAAAGGAGAAGUGUCCGGCAUUCCUCAGAAAUUGAAAGAGUCAUGUCAGAAUGGCUUCCAUGCCCCCUUGGCUUCCACAGCGCUGAUUGGUCCGUCAUGGAGACUGGAUGGUGAAGGACUCAAGCUACUUUCAGUGGGUCUUGCUCUGCUGGCUAUUGUAGUGUUCUUUGUUUUUGAGAAACUUCACUAACAAAGAAUUUUAAAUUGGAAGGAGCUACCAACUGUGGAGUUAAAGUCAAACCGAGGCACGCUAGUUUCUGAGCAUUGGAGUUUAUCUGAAUGACUGAGGACACUAUGGAAUGUGCUAUUUAUUUUAAAUUCAUGCUUUUACAGUGAAAGGUGUUUAAUACAUUUUGAGAGAGAGGUUUAUAAGAUAAUCAGUGUUUUUCUGUUAAAGGUGCACAUUAUGUUUUAGAUAUAACUCGUAAAAUAGGGUUUUAGUUGGUUUAGCUGGUUUUUUAUUUCAAUUUUUCGGUCUGUCUCAUUGUUGGCAGGCGGGCACAAAGCAACCUGUUUUUUUUCCCCCUGAUCUUUGUCCGUAACAUAAAUCUACCCUAUUAAAUGAGACUCCACACACUCCUAA